AUGGCAAAUGAGGAUGAUGUUAAGAUUGCUUUAUCCGAAUCUACAAAGUCCGGAAGUUCAGUAACUGGGCUUGCAUAUGCAACAGUACCCCGGUAUCGUAAUGUAUCCCUGCACGAACGCUGCAGCAUGUUGGAUAUGAUGCAUUUGAAAAGUGCCUUUGAUUCAGCUAACAGACAUAAAAUGAGAGCAGGAGAGUUCAGAGAGUUACUAAAAACAAGGUUGAGUGUCGAGUACGACGACGACGAGUAUAAUUUACUAUUUUUAAAGAUAAACACGAGUCGUACGGGGGAGAUCGAUUGGGACGAGCUGGUGUCACACCUGCUCCUCGGCUACAACUUCGCGAAUGACGCAGAGAAGCAGCGACAGGCCUUGCAGCCGCCCAUUAUGGGACUGCCGGUCAUCAUGCGCUCGGAGCACAGGCACCCAAUAUCUAGGAUAUGCUUUUGCCCUGAUGUCGAUAAGAUCUGCACCAUGUACUAUUACUUCCACAAAGAUGACGUGGAGCAAUGCAAGCUCAUUUGCGGAGACGUGGGCGGCAACGUCCGCGUGCUGCUCUUCUCAGCACACAUGCGCGGGCCCUUCCAGAACGACGCUGGGCGGCCUUUGAAGACGGUGCGACACGUUGACUUGCAGAAGAGGCCUCAUGUUCUCCCGGGGCUGCGCCUGCUCGAUCUAGUGCGCUUGCAUCCGGAUUGGGUGCGCCAGGUGUCAUACUAUGCACCGCUGCACUGUGUCAUGUCGUGUGCUACCUGCUAUGACUCACUGCUCUUAUGCGACUUGAAGAGCUCGAAGGCAUAUUACAUGUUCAGAGUAGAUAAGGGCAUUCAAUGCUUUGCGUUCGACGAGGAGGCACACUUGUUGGUGACGGGUGGUCCUGACUGCACUGUCCGGGUGUGGAACCCGUUCGUGCCAGCCAAAGCUAACGUGGUGUUGAAGGGACAUCACGCUGUUAUCACCUGCAUAGUUCUACAGAACAAGGGUCGCACCAUCUACUCCCUGUCACGUGACAGAACUAUUAAAGUGUGGGAUCUCCAGAGCCAAGCAUGCCGCCAGACGUACAUUGACAUUCCUGCUAUCCUCGGCGAGCACACGCCCAUAUCGGCUGUGUAUAACCCUGCUACCCGCGACUUCAUCUUGGCCUCUGUAAAGAUAGCCAUCAUAGUGCUGGACGAGCAGCUAAACCCGCUGCACACUGACGGGUUCACGCACGCAAGUGCUGUGUCUAAAGUUCUCUACAACCCGCUGUUUAAAGUCAUUAUCACUUGUGGCGCAGACAGCAUCAUCAUAAACUGGAAUCCAGUAACAGGUAAACGCAAUGUACUGAUCCGCGACGCGCACGUGCGACACAUCCACGGCGAGCUGGUCCCGGUCGAGAUUACUGCCGCCUGCUUCGACCCUGGCUACCAGUUGCUGCUGACUGGAGCUAGGAACGGCGAGCUCAAGGUUUGGAACUUCAAUACUGGUUUAUCCUUGAGAACAAUGUCCAUCGAGCACAUGCGUGAAGUAACAAACUGCUUCUGGGUGGAAGGCAGGAUCCUGGCAGUGGGGUGGAACCGCCAUGUCAUAGAGUUUGACGACACCGGUAUGGCUACUACCGGCAAAUGCUGGGAGACACGUCAUACAGACGAUGUGCUAGCUGCUGCAGCAAGACCUCCUAUCACGUUGGCUACAUCCACCUACAACUCCGAGCUGGUGAUGUGGAAAAUGGAGACUGGUCAACCAUACAGACAGUUUUCGUGCACGGAACCAAAUUUGCGCAUCAAGAUGGUUUAUAACCGCCAUGAAACGCCGCUGUGCAGCAAGUCUGACAAUAAGUGGUCGAACUUCCGAAAACCCAAUGCGCUCGUGGGAGGAUCUCGUGGAAACGUUCUGCUGACAUCUCAUGCAAUAAAGAAAGCAACAGAGCGUCGAGCUGAGCUGAGCCGAGCAAGACCUGAGAUCGUAGCCGAGUCGAGCUGCGCACAGAACAAGCGCCACCUCGCCGUGCACGCCAUGAUCUUUUUGUGCACACGGCCGCAGCACAUGAGCGUGGCUUGUCUCCUAUUGGCGCUUGAUAAUGGUCAAAUCCAGUGUUGGUCGGACCACUCGGCGGGUGGCUACCAGGGCUCAUUCCAAGUUGUCCACACGCCGGGCGACUACGCAGUGUGUCUGGCCACAGAUAAAAACAACGAGUUCCUGUUUGCAGGCACCACAUUAGGCUACGUGAAAGUUUGGCUCAUGAGCAACUACCUUAUUAACGAUUUGAUACAUGUUAACAUGCCGCGCCUGCGGUUGAUGUUCCCGUUCCUGUGGCGUGACCGCAUCGAGGGUCGUGCUAAGCGCUGUGUACGGAACCAGCCAAAGCCACUGCUACUGAAUAGCUACCGCGCACACCUGCGCUGUAUUACCUCAAUCGUAUACAUCGAUGAAGACAAACUUGUAUUAACCGGCAGCUCAGACUACAGCGUUCGAGUGUGGCGCUUGUCAGGCGAGUACCUGCAGACACUGGGCAGCUUCCUGCCGUGGACCCUGGAGGUGACGCGGUUCCCGCCUGACGUGAAGAAGGUCGCCAGCUUCACGACGUUCAAGGUGUGGCGCAGCGGCUACGUGUCGCGCUAUGUGCCGGGGCAGAAGGAGGUAGACAAGCUGCGCGACAUCACCGACCACGAGCUCAAGACCAAGACCUACGGCGCGGCACCCGACGAGCCGCUGCUUGGAAAUUAUUUCUCGCUGCCGCGACGCCCUGACCAAUUAGAACCAAUCCUACUCAACGAUUCAUUACCUACGAUACCGAUCUACGCACACUUGCGCAUGGCGUCAACGCAGCCAGUGCGACGUCCACCAACCCCUGAAUUGGUUUGCGAACUUCGACUGAAGCAAUCCGUGCUGCAAUCAAAGAAAGCCCACUUUGAUUCAGAAGCACCGCUUCAGAGACAGUCAGCUCAUGGACAGGCUACUCAAGGACGGGCUCUGCAGGAACAAUCUGCGCAGAGGCAGUCAUUGCUGGCAAAAACGCAACAUCGCCACCGGCCGCGAGAGGCACGAUAA